CAUGGCGGCGGCAGCGGCAGAAGCAGAAGCGGCCGGGGCUGCGCCCGACUACGAGGCAGCGGAGUUGUACACCCGUGCGUUCCGCGUGGGCGCGCUCAGCCGUUGCUGGAUGCAGCACUUGGGGCCGCCAGACCUGUCUCUGGCGGCAGAGGCGGCAGCCGAUGAGGACGCGGCCGUAGUGGCGGAGCUGGGCUGCGAGGUGGAGAUGGUGCCCGAGCUGCAGGAAGUGUGCAGCAUUGAUAUGUUAAUGUCUUCUGAUAAAGAAGAGGACCCAGAUGUUAUUCCUGAAGAUAACAGGCUGCUAACUCUACGAAUUAGAAAAGAGGCAUUAGAGAGGAGAGAAGAAACAAUUAUUGUGGAUCGGGCUUGCAGACAAGAAACUCUUGCCUAUGAGAUGGAAUCACAUGCAAGUGGAAAAAGGCCAGACAGUCCUACAGAUCUAGUUGAGGAGGGAGAGCUACUUUUAACUCUAAACAUAUUCUACCCUGUCAUAUUUCAGAAGCAUAAAGAUUACAAACCUUAUCAGACAGUCCUUGUACUGGGCAGCCAGAAGCUCACCGAGCUGAGAGACUCAAUUUCCUGCGUCAGCGACUUCCAGAUAGGUGGUGAGUUCAGCAGUCAGCCAGAUCAAGCACCAGAACACGUAAGCAAGGAUCUCUACAAGUCUGCCUUCUUUUAUUUUGAAGGUAUCUUUUAUAAUGAUAAAAGAUACCCAGAAUGCAGAGACCUGAGCAGAACUGUUAUUGAGUGGUCAGAAUCUCAUGACAGAGGCUAUGUAAAUCUUCAGUCUGAUGAUAUGGAGGACUACACAUUCAAUGAUUUGUCCCUCAAAAUUGGCUUCCCAUACCUUUUCUGCCACCAAGGGGACUGUGAGCACAUCAUUAUCAUCACGGACAUAAGGCUCAUUCAUCAUGAUGACUGCCUGGACAGGAACCUCUAUCCAUUGCUAAUCAAGAAACACUGGCUAUGUACCAGAAAAUGCUUUGUGUGCAAAAUGUAUACAGCCAGGUGGGUAACCAACAACGACAGUCUGGCACCAGAGGAUCCUUGUUUCUUCUGCGAUGUUUGUUUUCAGAUGCUCCAUUACGAUCUGGAAGGCAAUAAACUGGGGGAAUUUCUUGCAUAUCCUUAUGUCGAUCCUGGAAUUUUCAACUGAAACUGAUGUGAGACAGAAUGGAUUUGGUGAAGUGCAUUGGUGAAACUGUUGCUCUGGUUGUUACAACCACCACACAGCUUGAGUUUUGAGCGUCCUGCUGGGGCUUAGGUUAGGCCUUAAUCCUCUCCCCCAAGGUGGAAAGAGCCCUUUGCACAUGAAGUCUUUCUGGUGUGCUUUUCUGAGUAAGCAAGUAUGAUUUUUAAAAAUGAGUAAUUAUGGAAAAAUAUGCUCAAACGUGUUUUAAUCAGCUACAUUUUUCUAAUACAUUUGGGCAAGAAGAUGGUAGUUUGGAGAUUACGAACUUUACAAAUAUGGAUGUUUCAAGAGAGAAUACCUUGCCAAAGCAGCUGUGACUUUGAGAAGAUUUGUGCAUCCAAGGCCUUGUUGACGUCAGAGGAUGAAAACACAGUCUUUGGGCAUCUCACCUUGAAAACUCUGGCAGUUGUCAUCUCUGAAGAAGGGUGGGUAGCACUGCAUUUGUGGGGAUACGUCCUGAGAGGGAAGCUCAAGGUGCUUGUUAACUUCUGAAGACUUUUCCUGCAAGCAGGGGGUGCUUGCGUCUGUGAACUGCUGCUGUCCUUGCAUUCCAACUGAGGACUGAUUCUGUGAUGAAUAAGCUCCGUUGCACUGAUGACAGAAUUGUGGCCUGUCUUCCAGAUUACUUUGACUCUUUACUGUGUGUGAAGUUUUAACUGUUCAU